GCGCCGGAGGUGGGGCAAUGUCAGAAUCAACGCGCUCGGAUCCAGCCGAGGCUUACGGCGACACGAACGUGGAGGCUCCGGCCGCGGCCGCGGCACUCCCUCCGGUCAUCACCUUCCUUCCCGUGAGCUCACUUCCACCUAGCCUCUCCCCUGUUCCUCUUUGUUUUUUAACUGAUUACCAACUUCUUGAUCAAUCCUGCUCCUCUGCUCCCGCAGGAUGGCUUUCUCUGUUCAAUUGCUUAAUUUGGUUGUCUUCGUCUUACCUGAACUGCAAGGGAACCAACUUACAUGGCAUGAUGGAUGGAGAUAAGUAGAUGUUUUUUUGUUGUGUUCGCAUGCUUUCUAAUAGUUUUGAGCAAUAGGCAUAAAUCUAUUAUAAUCAAUCAAAGACAGUGAGAAUGUUUGCUGAAAUCUUUAGAAGUGGGGAUCCUAUGAAUUGCUUUAAUUGAACGUCCAACGAUGAUCUCAUCUUAUAGUAACUCACUUUUGAAACAUUGUAUUGGUAGUUUUUAUCUUUACGAUUUUUCGUUCUGUACAUAUUGGAUUGCAUUAUUUAGGACAUGAGACAGCGCUACAAAUAGCUCAUGAGAGUAGUUAGCAAAUGCAAAUCAUUGUAUAUUGUCAUUUAUGCUUCUCUUAAUAGAAAAUAGUACUAUUCUGGGGAAGGGCAUUUGGCUGAGUUUCAAUAAAACUCUUCAGGUUUUGUAUGGUGAGAUUCUCUUUAUAAAACAAGAUUUGUAUUGGUUGUAGAUCGACAAAAACUGACAAGGACUACCACGAUUAGAGCUACUAUUUGGCACCCAUGUUACAGUAUGAAGUCAAGCAGGCAACAAGGGAUCCGUGGGACGAGGCCAAGGUGUACGUGCGCAACCUUCCCUACGACGUUAGCAGCGAGCGCCUUGUGCAGCUCUUCGGGCAGGAUGUCGUCGUCGAGGUCACCGUGUCGAUAUGUGGUAUUGGUGACAGAAGGUGCAUCACGCGCUUGGGUAUUUUCCUCCGCACGAGCAGGAUGAACCCAAGGCCCCUCCUGUGAAUCCCAUUGCUUACCAUUUUUCAUGAUUGAGAUCUUGGGAUUUAACAUUUUGUAUUUUCUUGUUUAUUUUCUUUUUCUUUUGGAGGAGAACAAGAUGCAGCUUGUAAUGUGUGAAUUUACAACUUUUGUUGAAUAAACAAAAUAUAUCAACUGUAAGUUGAUGUAUAGAAAAGUCAA